ACGAAGAAUUAGAAAGAAGGCAUUGAGGGGGCUGUGGAAAACAAACCCUAACUAUGGCGGAGCAUUUGGCAUCGAUAUUCGGAACAGAGAAGGAUAGGGUUAACUGCCCCUUCUACUUCAAGAUCGGAGCUUGCAGACAUGGCGACCGUUGUUCCAGACUUCACACUAAGCCCACUAUUAGCCCCACUCUUGUUCUCUCCAACAUGUACCAGAGACCUGACAUGAACAUGAACAUCAUUCCUCAACCUAAUCAAAAUCCACCUCAACCUCAAUCUCAAUCCCUCGACCCCGACAAGGUCCAGGAUCACUUCGACGAUUUCUACGAAGAUCUAUUCGAGGAGCUCAGCAAGUAUGGCGAGAUCCAAAGCUUGAAUAUUUGUGACAAUUUGGCCGAUCACAUGGUUGGCAAUGUGUAUGUUCAGUUUAAAGAGGAAGACCAUGCUGCCAAUGCCCUAAUGAAUCUCACUGGAAGAUUUUAUUCGGGUCGACCCAUCAUUGCUGACUUCUCUCCUGUUACGGAUUUUCGAGAAGCUACUUGUAGGCAGUAUGAGGAAAAUGUAUGCAAUCGAGGUGGCUACUGCAACUUUAUGCAUCUAAAGAAGAUUAGCAGGGAUUUGAGAAAGCGGUUAUUUGGAAGAAAUAGGCGAUGGAAUGGCCGCAGUGGAAGCAGAAGCCGGAGCCCUCCGAGGAAUCGUAACUAUGAGGAGCGCUCACAUGCUGGUCGUAAUCCUGGUAGAAGAGAUUUUGACAGGCCUCAUGGCGGCCAUCAUGGUGGUAGGAGGCCUAGAAGCCGGAGUCCUCCUCGGUAUAGAGGGAGACGAAGUAGAAGUCCAAUGGGCAGGGAUAGGAGUCCAAUCAGAGAAAGUAGCGCAGAAAGGAGAGCUAAAAUAGAGCAAUGGAACAGGGAGAAGGAAGUAGAAGAUUCUGGUAACAAGACCAAUACGAAUAGCAAUGAUUAUGAAGAUCAGAGUGUUGCACAAAAUGGUAGUGAAUAACCAUCAGAUAUAGCAGCAUCAUAGUGAUUUGGUCUUAAAUGAAAAGAAACCCUGUAAUAAUAAUGUGUGGUCAAGUAAUCUGUUUUGUCUGGUUUGCAUCUAUUGAGUUGGUUUUAGUUGUUACUGUUAUCAUUUGUCUUAUUCUGAAUUGUUAAUUUAGUUAUAGAACUCUGUAAUAUCCAUAUCAAUAACAGUUUAAUUUUCCGCUUUAAGUGUGAUGUUCCUGCACCUUGAAGGGAGAA